UCUCUUUCUCUCUCUUCCGAGAAAAGAAAAGCAACAUUUCUCUCUCUAAGAGCCAUAUUUUCGGUGGGGGUUUAUGCGCUUUUCUUCAAAUCUUCUUGUGCAAGACGACUAGACGUGUACAUGCAUACAUAUAUGUGUAUGUUGAUGUAUGCAUAGGUGUGUGUGUGGUGAAUUAGAGAGGGAGGGUUUGUUUAUUGGGUUCUCUGAGUUUUCAGUUUCGUCAACCCUAUGCUCAAUGACCCGAAUUGGGGUCGAAUCGAAAACCUUACUGGACUUCGUCUGUGAUGACUCUUGAUACUAGUGGAUGGCUCGAUUUCGAUUCCUCUUCUUCUUCUCUGUGGUCGCUAUUGCGGUUUUUGCCGUAAACCCUAGUUCAAGCUAUCGAUUCGCCAUUGUGGAACCGAAUUCGGGUUUUGAUUCGGGUUUGGACCCGGAUUCAGAGUCGCUGCUUUUCCAUCAGGAUUACUCGCCGCCGGCUCCGCCACCGCCACCUCCGCACGGACCUUCUGUAUCCUGCAACGAGGAUCUCGGCGGCGUUGGAUUCUUGGAUACUACUUGUAAGAUUGUUGCCGAUUUGAAUCUUACGCACGAUGUUUAUAUAGCUGGGAAGGGUAAUUUUAUCAUCCUACCCGGGGUUAAGUUUCACUGCCCGAUCCCCGGAUGCUCCAUAGCUAUCAAUGUUUCUGGGAACUUCUCUCUGGGCGCGGAAUCUACAAUUGUCGCUGGGACAUUGGACCUUUCAGCUGGUAACGCUAGCUUUGCCGACGGGUCCGCUGUGAACACGACGGGCUUAGCCGGGAACCCUCCGCCACAGACCAGCGGAACGCCGCAGGGGAUUGAUGGUGCUGGUGGUGGACAUGGUGGUAGAGGCGCUUGCUGUUUGACCGACACUAAGAAGCUUCCCGAAGAUGUGUGGGGAGGUGAUGCAUACUCCUGGUCAACUCUAAAUAAGCCGUGGAGCUACGGUAGUAAAGGCGGGUCAACGAGCAGGGAGAUUGAUUAUGGAGGAGGAGGAGGCGGGAGAGUGAAGAUGAAUAUUCUGCAGUUUCUGGAUGUUAACGGAAGCCUUUUGGCAGACGGAGGUGAUGGAGGAGCCAAAGGCGGUGGUGGGUCUGGUGGCAGCAUCUUCAUCACGGCAUAUAAGAUUGCAGGACUGGAAUUGGACAGAUCAGUGCAUGUGGUGGGAGUGGUUACGGUGGUGGGGGUGGUGGAAGAGUAUCUGUCGAUAUUUUUAGCAGGCAUGAUGACCCGAAGAUCUUUGUGCAUGGUUAGAUUCUCUUCCUUAGGAGGUGGACACAGUAUCGGAUGUCCAGAUAACUCAGGUGCUGCUGGGACGCUAUACGAUGCUGUUCCUCGAAGCCUUUUCGUUAGCAACUAUAAUCUGACGACAGAUACUUAUACGCUUCUCUUAGAAUUUCCCUUCCAGCCUCUUUGGACCAAUGUUUAUAUUCAGGAUAAAGCGCGAGCAACUUGUCCUCUGCUAUGGAGCCGUGUCCAGGUUCAAGGACAGAUUAGUUUGUUGGGCGGUGGUGUUUUGAGCUUCGGAUUAUCACAUUAUGGUACAUCAGUAUUCGAGUUGUUGGCUGAAGAACUCUUAAUGAGUGAUUCCACUAUCAAGGUUUACGGGGCUUUACGCAUGACUGUCAAGAUGUUCUUGAUGUGGAAUUCAGAGUUGCAUAUUGAUGGAGGAGGAGGAGAUACAAGUGUUUCGACUUCCAUACUUGAGGCUAGCAAUUUAUUCGUUCUUAGGGAAUCAUCUGUAAUUCGGUCAAAUGCAAAUCUUGGAGUCCAUGGGCAGGGUUUCUUGAAUCUAACGGGACCAGGGGAUUCCAUUGAAGCACAACGGCUUGUUUUAUCACUGUUUUACCGGAUUUAUGUUGGGCCCGGAUCUAUUUUGCGUGCUCCUCUUCUGAAUGCAUCCCGAGAUGCUGUUACACCAAAGCUCUAUUGUGAUCGGCAAGAUUGCCCCUAUGAACUACUGAAUCCACCAGAGGAUUGCAAUGUCAAUUCAUCUCUGUCCUUUACUCUACAGAUAUGCCGAGUUGAGGAUAUUCUAGUCGAAGGUUUCAUCAAAGGAUCAGUAGUUCAUUUCCAUCGCGCAAAAACAGUUACCCUCGAACCCUCUGGAGAGAUUAGUGCCAGUGGAAUGGGUUGUAGAGGUGGUGUGGGUGAAGGUAAAUUGCUUGGAAAUGGUAUUGGCAGUGGUGGUGGGCAUGGUGGUAAAGGGGGCCGUGUAUGUAACAAUAGCAGCUGUGUUGAAGGUGGAAUUACGUAUGGAAAUGCAGAUCUCCCUUGUGAGCUUGGCAGUGGAAGUGGUGAUUAUAGCCCGGGUUAUUCAUCUGCUGGUGGUGGUAUUGUAGUGAUUGGUUCAAUGGAGCAGCCUCUAUCUGGUUUAUCACUUGAUGGCUCGAUAAGGGCUGAUGGAGAAAAUGUCAAACGUUUGGGCAGAGAUGAAAACGGUUCUAUUGUAGCACCUGGUGGUGGCUCUGGUGGAACAGUUCUUUUGUUCCUGCGUUAUCUUAUGUUAGGAGAGUCGUCUCUUCUCUCAAGUGCUGGUGGGUCUGGCAGUCCUUCAGGUGGUGGUGGCGGCGGAGGUGGGAGGAUUCAUUUUCAUUGGUCAAACAUUCCCACUGGGGACAUAUACCAGCCUAUUGCUAGUGUUCAAGGAAUAAUCCAUGCUCGGGGGGGAGGGGCAGUAGAUGAUGGUUUUUCUGGUAAAAAUGGCACAAUAACUGGGACGCCUUGUCCAAAGGGACUCCACGGUAUAUUUUGCAAGGAAUGUCCAUCUGGUACAUUUAAGAAUGUUACUGGAUCUGACACGUCUCUUUGCCGUCCUUGUCCCGUCGAUGAGCUUCCAACUCGUGCUGUCUAUCUCCCAGUUCGAGGUGGUGUUUCUGAGACACCAUGUCCGUAUCGAUGUAUAUCGGAAAGGUAUCACAUGCCACACUGUUACACCGCUCUGGAGGAGUUAAUUUACACAUUUGGUGGGCCCUGGUUGUUUGGUUUUCUUCUGAUGGGUCUUCUCAUCCUCUUAGCACUUGUACUUAGCGUUGCACGAAUGAAAUUUGUUGGAGUUGAUGACUUACCCGGCCCAGCUCCUACGCAGCAUGGCUCUCAAAUAGAUCAUUCAUUCCCUUUCCUUGAAUCACUAAAUGAGGUGUUGGAAACAAAUAGAGCAGAGCAAUCUCAGAGUCAUGUGCAUAGAAUGUAUUUUAUGGGUCCUAAUACGUUCAGUGAGCCAUGGCAUCUCUCGCAUGUCCCCCCGGAGGAGAUAAAAGAGAUAGUAUAUGAGGCUGCAUUUAACACAUUUGUCGACGAAAUCAACUCUAUAGCUGCAUAUCAAUGGUGGGAAGGUGCAAUAUAUAGUAUUCUGUCUGUGGUUGCAUAUCCGCUUGCGUGGUCAUGGCAGCAGUGGCGGCGGAAGUUGAAGUUGCAAAGAUUGCGUGAGUUUGUACGUUCAGAAUAUGAUCAUUCCUGUUUACGCUCCUGUCGCUCCCGGGCUUUAUACGAGGGUCUGAAGGUCGCUGCUACCUCCGAUUUGAUGCUUGCAUAUCUGGAUUUCUUCCUUGGCGGAGAUGAAAAAAGGACGGACCUUCCACCACGGCUUCAACAAAGGUUUCCAAUGCCCAUAAUGUUUGGUGGUGAUGGCAGUUACAUGGCUCCUUUCUCGCUUCAAAAUGACAACAUUCUUACCAGUCUGAUGAGUCAGCUCGUUCCGCCCACUACUUGGUACAGACUGGUGGCUGGUGUAAAUGCUCAAUUACGUCUUGUUCACCGUGGGCGUCUGAGAUCUACAUUUCAUUCUGUUUUGAGAUGGUUAGAAACUCAUGCUAAUCCUGCUUUGGAGACACAUGGCAUACGGGUUGAUCUUGCCUGGUUCCAGACUACGGCUUGUGGUUACUGCCAAUAUGGUCUCUUGAUUCAUGCUGCUGAGGAUUGUGAAUCAACAUCACCUCGGUGUGUCAGUGAAUCAGCAUGGACUGAUAUCCAGCCACGUUACGGCGUGAGUGCACAUAAAGAAAAUUCUCCAGCACAUUUAAGAGAGAGUAUGCUCUACAACCAAACUCACACAAACACAGAGGAUUAUACAACACGCAGAAAGAACUAUGGAGGGAUAAUCGACCUUGACAGCUUACCAAGUCUGAAAGAGAAGAGAGAUUUGUUUUUCCUUCUCUCUUUCUUAGUUCACAACACUAAACCUGUGGGCCACCAGGAUAUGGUUGGCUUAGUUAUCUCGAUGUUACUUCUAGGAGAUUUUAGUCUAGUCUUGCUCACACUGCUCCAGCUGUAUUCGAUUUCUUUGCUGGAUGUACUUUUGGCUUUGUUCAUAUUACCUCUCGGCUUGCUUUUGCCAUUUCCCGCUGGGAUCAAUGCCUUAUUCAGUCAUGGACCCAGACGCUCUGCUGGCCUAGCACGAGUUUACGCCUUGUGGAACUUCAUGUCCUUAGUCAAUGUGUUUGUUGCUUUUCUCUGCGGAUAUGUUCAUUAUAACAGCGAAUCAUCAGCUAGCAAGAAAAUCCCAUUUCAGCCGUGGAAUAUAAACAUGGGUGAAAGUGAAUGGUGGAUAUUUCCAGCGGGACUGGUCGUGUGUAAGAUAAUGCAAUCGCAGCUCAUAAAUCGACAUGUAGCAAACCUGGAGAUACAAGACCGUUCGUUGUAUAGUAAAGAUUAUGAUUUGUUUUGGCAGUCGUAACAAAGUCUUGUCAGGUAAAUUUUUCGAGAACAAUCUAAAACAGCCCUGCCCCAGUUUUUUUUUUUUUUUUGGGUUUUGUUUGUUUCUCUUCUUGUAAUUCUAUUACUCUAGGUGAAUAGAAUUAGGAUACAAAAGAGAAGGAACUCUGAUUGUCAAGGGAAACAGAAAGAAAAGAAAAAGGAAACAAGCUUAUUUGAUGGAUAUAAUGUAGAGGGACAAAACUUGUAAUCUAAAGAUCCUUGGUUGGGUUUUUUGGUGGGGAAAAAGAGUUGGUCUUUGCUUUGGUUUCAUUUGGAUAGUCGCAUUGGUGAAGAUGCUUAAUGUUUGUAUGUAAAUAAGUGAGAAACCAAUGAUCUAUCUUAUCUACUUGGGGCUGUGUUUAUCAUUUCUGCCUCAAUACUCUUUGACUUGUUUUUAGUGAAUAUUAACAAGAAAUGGAUUUGCGUCUUCAUUU